GACGGCGGCGGCGGCGGCGGCGGCGGCGGCGGCGGGCGCGGGCGGCGAGGGCAGCGGGGCCGGGACUGGAACAGCCGCCGCGCGGACCCGACCAGCCUCGCCGGCUCCUGCCCGCAGGCCGCGAGCGCGACGACCGGGACGACCAGGCGGCGGCGUGGGCGCCGGACUGGGCGAGAUAGACUUACAUGUGUGGGAAACCAGACCAGAAACACUUCUGAACUAAGAGCUUGAGUUCCGAAGUGUGGAAAGCACUGAGUGCUGAAGAUGAGUGAGCUUGACCAGCUGCGGCAGGAGGCCGAGCAACUGAAGAACCAAAUCAGAGAUGCCCGUAAAGCAUGUGCAGAUGCGACUCUUUCUCAGAUCACGAACAACAUUGAUCCAGUGGGAAGAAUUCAAAUGCGAACUAGGAGAACCUUGAGGGGGCAUCUGGCCAAGAUUUAUGCCAUGCACUGGGGCACAGACUCAAGGCUCCUUGUCAGUGCCUCUCAGGAUGGAAAACUCAUCAUCUGGGACAGCUACACCACAAACAAGGUUCAUGCCAUCCCUCUGCGUUCCUCUUGGGUCAUGACCUGUGCAUAUGCUCCUUCCGGGAAUUACGUGGCCUGUGGUGGCCUGGAUAAUAUCUGCUCCAUUUACAAUCUGAAAACUCGUGAAGGGAAUGUGCGCGUGAGUCGCGAGCUGGCAGGACAUACAGGUUAUCUGUCCUGUUGCCGGUUCCUGGAUGACAAUCAGAUAGUUACCAGCUCUGGAGACACCACCUGUGCUCUGUGGGACAUCGAGACCGGCCAGCAGACCACCACAUUUACUGGACACACUGGAGAUGUCAUGAGCCUGUCCCUUGCUCCUGACACCAGACUGUUUGUCUCUGGUGCUUGUGACGCUUCAGCCAAGCUCUGGGAUGUCCGAGAAGGGAUGUGCCGGCAGACCUUUACAGGACACGAGUCUGACAUCAAUGCCAUAUGUUUUUUUCCCAAUGGCAAUGCCUUUGCCACUGGCUCGGAUGAUGCUACGUGCAGGCUGUUUGACCUUCGUGCGGACCAGGAGCUCAUGACCUACUCCCAUGACAACAUUAUCUGUGGUAUCACAUCUGUUUCCUUUUCCAAGAGUGGCCGCCUCCUCCUUGCUGGGUACGACGACUUCAACUGUAAUGUCUGGGACGCCCUCAAAGCUGACAGAGCAGGUGUCUUAGCUGGACACGACAACCGAGUCAGCUGCUUGGGAGUGACUGAUGAUGGCAUGGCUGUGGCAACGGGGUCCUGGGACAGCUUCCUCAAGAUCUGGAACUAAGGCCAGUAGCAGGUGGAUGGAUGCCACGGUGGCUGGAAGACCAUUCCAACCUUGAAGCGUUACAGCGAUAGCAUGUCCUAUCCAACCAUACUAACAUGGACACCCACACCUCCCCUCAGAACUUCAAAAGGGCAAGAUCUUUUUCCUUCACUUACUGCUGAAACCAAGAGCACAACUCCCAUUAAGAGAAGGAUCUCUGUGCUGUAAACAAAGUGUGCAUUCCUUCCGGGGCCGGUGUCUGUUUCCUUUCUUUUUUGUUGUUGUUGGGGGGUUACUUUGUUUUUGUUGUUUGUUUGUUUGUUUGUUUUGGGGGGUGUUUUGUUUUGGGUGAAUUUUAAAAGGAAAUACUACAAUAAAAAUGUUAACCAGAAGGUAACCCUGAGUAUGAUUGUGAGACAGACACGCCUCUUUACUAGUUCAUUUGGAUUUUAGAUCAGUGAUCCUGUUCUGUGGCAUUCAUGAAAGACUUUGCUUCUCUGUAAUUGUUUCUAAAUAUAAGUCAUUUGUAGCAGGACUUUGGAAGCAUUCAGAUUUCUUUCUUAAAUAUAUUCCUUUAUGUUCAAUAAUUAAGGGAACCAGAGCCUAUGAUAGUCUCUGACUUAUCAAUGAUGCAUUUUUAUCCCUGGCUUGCUUGGGGGUUUUUUUGUUGUUGUUGUUGUUGUUUUUCGUUUGGUUUGAGGGGCGGGGGGGCUUGCCUUUUUUUUUUUUUUUUUUUUUUAAGUCUCAUGUCACAGAUGACUGUUUCGCACAAACACAGCAUAGUGGAAGAAAAAAAUAAAUCAGAAGCAAAGUAGCCAAGCACAUGUUACAAUGGCCACAAAUGCUUGGUCAGAACCCUUCCUCUUUGCUCAGCAGUGAACUUAUCCCCAGCACCCCUCCCUCCUGCCUUGUCCUCCUCACUGUCUAGUUUCUGCUCUUACCGUGGGUUUUCUGUGAAGUUGGAGGGAAGUUUGUAGUCUUGUGACACUAGCCGUCCUACCCUGCUGUCAAGAGAUCUGUUCUCCAGAGAGGCGCCUGUCCUGUGCUUGGGUAGUCAGUUGGUUAUUUGUGUAUGAAACAAUGUACAAAUCAAUGUUUUGAAAAUAAUGAUCUCAGACUUUCUAAGUUAAAUUUUAAACAAUUUGAUUGUUUGCCAUAUUGGGUGGGUUUACUCUUAGAAUCGCAUGCUGUAGAAAUGCUCUAAAGUGCAUAUAGGACUCAGUCCUUAGAUGUUCCUUUUCUUUUAAGAAAUAACCUCUUCAAGUUGUAACCGUGGCGGCUUUGUCCAUUACUGUUGCUACUCUGCACACAUAUCGGAAGCAGCAAGCGCUUUACACACUUGAGUAGUGGGAUAAGUCACUGUUUUCUUUACUUUAAAAAAAACAGAACAAAUAGUCCUGUUGGGAAUGAUUGCUGUUGGAUUCAGGAGGGGAGGGGAAAGCCGCUCUGCUGCCUCUUUGCCACUUCUUGGAAGCCUGCCUCCAUGGAACAGCCUUUUGCAUCCGAGGCAACCAUUUUUACUCCAUGCGGAUCUUCAUGGUUACCAUCUCAAGCCAUGCUCAGCAGCAGCGUUUGGACAGCAGUGUUCUGUGGGCCCUUCCCUCUCCCUGUAUCCUGCACCCCUCAUAGCAGUAGUGGCUUCGCCGUUCUGUUUUCUGCAGCGUCCUGUACAAAACUGUGCUGUGACUGUGCGGUAGGCCUGGACCUGGCAAAGAAUACAGCGAAGCCCCUUCUCUUCCUACCAAACGACUCUGUAGAGCUCUCUGCACCCUGUACCCUUUUCACCUUUUGUAUUUAAUUUUAAAGUCAGUGUACUGCAAGGAGGCUGGAUGCAAGAUAGAUACUAUAUUAAACUGUACUGUUAUUUAAGAUGUAAUAAAGCAGUUUGACAUGAGGGA